AGGAGUGAAGAGACGUCAGUUGAUAUUUUCACAUGGAACCAAUGGAAAUCUAGGGCAUUAUCAUAUUUUAUUGAUAAGAAAACUAUUAGAUCGGUCUCUGGUGCUAGCUUGAUAUUUUCUGGCUCUAAGAAUCAGUGGGUACAAGUGUUUGAGCAGCUGAAUAUUUCUGAUGGAAACAGAACUGACAAUUUACUGGAGAUGGUUGAGCUUCUCUUACUUGGAUGCAUCACUAGCAGAUGGAAUUCCCUGGUUGAAUACUUGACGUCAGUUUCUUAUGAUUCCCUUCCUGUCUCAAAUCAAUAUCACUUACUUUGCAACUUUGUCUUUGGAAGAUCCUUAAAUUUUCCUCGUAAAGAGGACAGUAUGAAUUCAAAGGAAUGCGGCAUCCUUGACCAUCUGACAGGACUCAUUGGAGGACAACUUCAUCUACUGUGGAAAAUAUCUCCCAUCCUUGUGGCAGUUUCUAUUCCUUCAUGGUAGUAUAAUUUUUAAUGAAAAAGGACCAGAAUGGCUGUUGAAUUUUAGUUGUGGUCUUGCAAGCAGUUCUCUACUGAGUUUAUGAUCAAUACUAGUAUCUGUAACUGAUCUGCAUAUGAACUGAAUUAAAAGAGUUGUUUGCCAUGUAUGGAAGAAUGCAAUAGCUAUGAUCAACGUAGUACAGUGAAACUCUUCUGUUUUCUUUUUUUCUUGCUCCAAUCUUUUUAUAUUUGACUUUUUCUAUACUAUUUUUGGUGUCCUUUUAGAUUCCAUCUAUAAUUCCUAUUAGUAUAAUUCACAAUUAUCUUGUUAAAAACUUUAAUACUGUUACGGGAAUUUUCUCACCAAACUGGAAACUGAUUUCUCUAACUGACAUGUCCCCAGGUGAACUAGCUGAGAAAAUUUUGUGCCUCUACAUCUUUCACGUUUGUGGUUCUCAAAUUAUUCACAAUGGAUCUGGUGCUUGACAGCUCAGCAUACCAUGCUGGUCUGUAGUAAGACUUACUUUUUCUACAUCUAUUGCUCAAUUGGCCUACCAUAUUUUAUUUGUAUUGGCAUUAUCAAGUUAUCUGUGUUAAACUCUUGAGUGUAGAUCAUCUUUUAAUGACAUAAUCAUGAUGUGUUUUACUCGUAUGAAAGAAUUCUUCAUACUGUGUGGCCCAUUUCACCCGUUUUCUUUCAAUAUUUUCUCCAGGUAUCUGAUUAUCUCAACCUUGAAAAUAUUUCAUCAUCUUUUUGCCUUUCCUCUAGAUAGCACGUCAUCAAAUCUUUUAAAAUAAUUAGGCACACUCCUU